AGGAAGAUGCAAUGAUGGAACCUGGUGCAAGCAAUCAAGGUGGCACGUCUUCACACGAGCAUGUCUUUACUGCCUCACGUGCACCAAAAUCCGAGGAACAAAGCACAUCAGACUCUGCAGCAAAAGCAAAACCUACCUCCCACCCCCCUGGUUCUGAUAAAAAUCAUGAGGAAGAUACCUCAAAGAAAGCUUCUGCUGCAGAAACUGCACCUGAAAUUCCUUCAGUAUUGGCUUCGAAGGAUUGCGAGCCAAACACCAAGUUUCAAAGUUUAGAAUCACUAGACAUCAAGCCAAACCUAUUGUCAACUGUGCAACUUAUUUGGAACAAGCAUGACAACCUAGUUGGAAAGUAUACGGUACAAAGCAAAGACAUGUUAACCUGUGCCUUAGAAUCACUGGCAAAGCUCAUAAUCACUCUUCAAAAUACUACAGCUAGGACCUUGACUGAUUCCUUAGCUAAGGACCUAGAAUCCGUUUUGUAUGACCUUCAUUGUGCAAGAUUGACGGUAGGCUGGUUAGUUCCUUUUGUUCAAAGGGCUUUGGCACUGCACAAAAACAAGCCUCUGAUUGAGUCUUUAAUAGCUAUUGACAAGGAGAAAGCUCAGGUUGAUAAAGAGGAAAGAGAGUUCCUUGCUCGCACUGCUAAAGUGAAGCAAGAACUAGAGGAGAGAAGAGCUUGUUUGUCUGCAAAAAUUUCUAUUCCAGAGCCAAUAGAUCUUGAUCAAAGCCUGGGAGAGGGGUUAUUCUGAUUUGAUAAUGCAAUUUGCUGUAGUGUAAUUCAGAGUUAGGUUUUGAUACGAAUCAUGACAUGGAGAACUUCGAAGAUUUGCUAGUUAGACAUCAAGAAAGUUUGUCCCUAGACAUUGAUUCAAGCAUGGCAAGCAACGCACACUUUCUUGGAUAUCAAAGUAAGACUACGGUUUGCAUAAUAGUCUUCCUUGGACUUCCUUGAACGUUCUUGGAACGUUCU